AUGGAGAAUAAGGUCUUCUUAAGAGUUAAACCUAUGAAAGGAGGAGUUGUAGCAAAGAAAGGGAAGAAAUUAAAACCAAGGUAUAUUGGACCUUUUGAAAUUCUCCGACGAAUUGGAAAAGUGGCAUAUCAGUUCGAUUUGCUUGCUAGCAUGUCUAAGAUCCAUAAUGUUUUCCACGUUUCUAUACUCAAGAAGUAUCAUCUAGAUCCAACUCAUGUGAUACAGUUGGAAGAUAUUGAAGUAGAUGAGCCACUUUCAUAUGAAGAAUAUCCUAUGAAGAUUCCUGAUCGAGAGGUAAAGGACUUGAGAAACAAGAAAAUUCCUUUGGUUAAGAUCUUUUGGAGAAAUCAUGAAGUUGAGGAAGCGAAUUGGGAGGCAGAAGAGGAGAUGCAGAAAAAGUAUCCUGAAUUGUUUGUUUAG